AUGGUCUCUGCACCCAAAAAUCACGACGAUGGCUAUCAGUUUCCUUUUCUCAACCUCCCAUCAGAGGUACGGCAUUGCGUCUACCGCUUCGUCAUGCCUUACACCAUCCGUCCUCGCCAAUUUCCAUUAGAGAUGAUCUUCGAAGCUAAAGACGUGCAAAAGCCCCCAAUCGCCCUCUUCCUCAUCAACAAACAGGUCCAUGAAGAGAUUUCCUACGUCCUUUAUCGAUACAGUCAUUUUCUCAUCUCGAUCAACCCCGGCAGAGUUACUUGCGUGGCCCUCGAGUCCUCAAUCAUCUGGGAACUAGAUCAGACGGAACGUAUGUCUGUGAGAAUGGCAAGCAGCAUCAGACAUAUCGAUAUUGACCUUGUAUGGGGGGAACGGCGGAGCAUUACCUCUGCUAUGGCGAUGAGUAUGCGCUUGGUCCCGCUUCUGGAGUACGUUUGUGAGCACCUGAGGGCUUUCCAAUGUCUGCAGACUCUCACGGUUAGAUGGAACAAGGGCGGAAUAUUGAAGUCUAGGCCCAGGGUUGAUCUGGCAACCUUCAUACUGGAACCUCUAGAACAGCUGCAGGCGGAUUUACCCGGUGUGCAGAUCACUGUUGAAGCUACACAGCAACCGAGCAAUAGUGAAACUGGAGACAACCCUGAUGACUUGGAAGCCUAUGUCAAACUGCAGGACUACUUGUCAGAGCUCAGGAGAAAUGGGAAGCAUCCCAAUAUGAUGACAGAGAGAAGCUUCGACAUCACCCGCAGCGGCCGCUACACCAUCGCCAACUGCGGCAACCGUGACGCGGCAGGUCUCGUCAACCUCCUCGAAACCCUCUGGGCAAUCCUACAACCCUCGAUCCGGGACUCCUCCCUCCCCAUCAGUUCCCCUAGCCCAGCCUUCCGCACCUUCUUCCACUCCGCAACCAACGCCCCGUACGUGAGACAGCUCCUUACGAACGUGACCACCGGCGUCUCUCUCUACCCACCCGAGCAACCUUUCCAUCAGACAGGCUCGCCGCUUUUCAUCUGCGCGACAGGCGUCGGGCAAAUCGUCGGCAAGCGCGGCGGGAUAGACUACUAUUACCAAUGCCUGCUGGAUCCCUACAAUAAUUUUAUCGCAAUCGGCGGCACGCCUUACAUCGUCGUAUGCCCCUAUCUCUUCUCGAGCGGGGUCCCGGACUCGCCCCCAGCGGACACUUGCCUGACGGUCAAUACUUCCAUCAAUCGAUUCCGGGGCAUGGGGCUGGACUUUGCGAAGUUCAAGGUCUGGGCUCUGUUGGAGGGCAUACUAAGGUAUUACAUUUACGCCACGACGGGAUCUUCGGGCAUCUUUGCGACGGAUGUGAAUAAAUGCGUGAGGUUGGGGUCAAGGCAGAUGGUCGAGAACCCGAGUAAUUAUGUUUACUAUACUGCUAGUAUCUACGGCCAAUGUCGAGAUUUCCCAGACCUCUCGGAGCCAAGGCGUAGACCACUAGAGAAUACAACGUUACCAGAUCCAAUCCACGCUGAUGAUGAACGUCCAAAUACGACGAGCUCUACUGUUUUUGCUGUCUCUGGUCAGGCUAUAGUGGUGGACCCGUCGGGUAGCAUGGACAUAUAG